AUGCUUCAUACUCUCGACCAUCAAGCGCCCGCCUCGACGAUGACGUCCACACCUGCCUCGGCGAUGGCGUCCACAAUCACUGAUCUUUCUGAUGAAGAUAUUGCACGCUUAUGCCAUGGAAGCCAUAAUCCGAACCCUAGAGAAUACGGACGCUGCUUGAAACGAAUAUCCGAUGAUGUGAUUGUUAAAUUCGGGUGGAGCGUGACUGUAGAUGAAGCGGCGAAUCAAAAAUAUGCUCAUAUUCUUUCAUGCGAUACUAAUAUCAAAGUACCAGAGGUCUAUCGGAAUUUCUCGAGGUCUGGCAUGGGAUAUAUUGUCAUGGAAUUCAUCCACGGGGAUCCAUUAGACAAAACCCCGAUCCAAAAUCAAGCAACAAUCAUUCAAAAUCUAGCAAACUCGCUAUAUGCUCUCUCGACAGCUCUAUCGCCUGAUUACCCUGGCCCACGAAACAGAGGAAUACCCCGAGGCUAUCUAUUCUCCGAAGACGGAGCGGGAAAGCCACUGGACACGAUUAGCAAAAUCAACUCAUGGUUCAAUGAGCGCGCGAAGCUACCACCCUCUGAGCGAGACUUCAAUUUUGAACUCCCCGACUGCGUCUUCUGCCAUAUGGAUCUGAGUCAGCGGAACAUCAUUGUACGAGAUGAUUUCUUAUACAUCCUGGACUGGGAAUUCGCUGGCUUCUAUCCGCGGGAGUUUGAAACAUACUCGAUUCUUUUUAUUGGACAGAAAGAAGACAGCCGCUUUGCGCAAGAUCUUUCAAGAGCACUUGAAAACGCGCACCGAAAGUUUGAUAGGAAACUUAAUGAUGAACUCAUUAUCAAUCUUUUGGACCGUGUCUACUGCAACAAUUUGAAAUACAAUUUUGAAGGUCCCCUCUUCAUCACUGCCGUUUGCGAGUGA